UAAUAGUUAUGCACGAGUGCGAGCUGUGGUGAUGACCCGGGAUGACUCAAGUGGUGGAUGGUUGCCACUUGGAGGGGGUGGACUAAGCUGUGUCACAGUCUUCAAAGUCAUUCCCCAGGAAGAGAAUAGCUGUGCUGAUUUUCUUAUCCAUGGAGAACGACUCAGGGAUAAAACGGUGGUCUUGGAAUGCACAUUAAAGAAGGACCUUGUUUACAACAAAGUUACCCCUACUUUUUACCACUGGAAGAUUGAUGACAAAAAGUUUGGCCUCACAUUUCAGAGUCCUGCUGAUGCAAGAGCAUUUGACAGAGGUAUUCGGAGAGCAGUAGAGGAUAUUUCUCAAGGUUAUCCACCCUCUCAAAAUGAUGUUGAAGUGGCAGAAGACUGCUUUCAA